GAAUUGCGAAGAAGCCUUCGGACAGCUACUGUAUCCAGAAAAAAGAAAGAACAAGCGUUAAACACAGCAAUAUCGAAAAAAAAGCAAGACAAAACUUUAACCGACACUAAAACGAAAAAAAGGAAAGAGCAAACCUUGACCUUAAAAGCAAAAGAAAGCGACAAUAGCAUUAAUAAAGAAAUAGAUCAAACUUCGGAUGAAGAUGCCUCAAAUCACGUGGAAACUUCAAAUACCCUAGUUAAAAAGGAUACUAAAAGAAAGGGAAAAGCGCGUGAGGCUCCAUCAAAGAAAAAAACGUCUUUGACGGGCACUUCUUCAAAAGGUAAAACGAAAGCAAAUCAAGUAAAUUCCAAGAAAAGCACAACCAAGACUGAGGAAAGAAAGCCACCACAAUAUAUGCCAAACGUGGUUAAAAAACUUGCAAAUGCAUACCCUGAUCAAUAUUGGCGUUUUCACGCAGAAAGUGGUGAUGGAAUGAUAAAUUACAUAAACGAACAGCAUCAUUUAGAAUUAGUUAAUGUGGAUGUGCGCGACCAAGGACCAAUUACGGGCAUGACACUUUCUUCGGAUGGUACAAUGCUAGUGACAUUUUGUAACGUGGGAUCUGCCAGAAUAUGGGAUACAAGCGAUUUUAAAUUGAUCCAAAAGUUGAGAGAUACAGAGGAGGAGAAUAUUGAUGAAUUUUUUGUUGGAAAAUUUAUUCCUGAUCAAACGCGAAUUGCAAUCGGUGGAAAGUUGAAAAACCGAAACCUCUGGUCGAAAGACGACGAAGAUAAUCAUAUUCUACCUUGCCCUCUGAAGAUUUUUGACGUCAUAUCUGGAAAAGUUAUAGCAAAACUUGAGGGUCACUGCGAAGAAAUUUUGUGUGUAAAGAAUAUCGUAUAUAAAGGAACGCCAUAUUAUAUAACUACUAGUCAAGAUGGUUACAUCAUAAAAUGGAAAAUGCAGGAUGACUGGACUACGCUCAUUAGUAAACAGCGAAUGGCCGAUGGUGUCACGUGUAUGGCUUUUACUGUUUCGUUCAUUCCUGACACCGGUAAUAGAUAUUUUAUGGCGGCCACGGACGAACAUGUAAAGUUAUAUGAUUUUGAAUCGGCACAGCUAUUGCAAACAUUUGCGGGAAAUAUGUAUUCACAAUAUUGUGAUUGUGGUAAAUUUAUUCACCCAGUCGAACCAUUGGAGGAUGAGGACACCAAUAGUGGUAGUGCUGAAGAAGGUAAUAGUGUUAGGUCAAGAAGAAAGCCACAAGAACAAAAGUUUGCGUAUUUCGUCACGCGUGGCGUAGAGAUUUUAGACGCAGAAGGUGGAAAGAUAGCAUCACGUGGUAACGUGUGUAUACUACACAAGUUGAUAUAUCCUACAAGAACUGGUCAGCCAUUCGAACUUAAAGAAAUACGAAGGUUUGGACAUAAAGAUUAUCAUUCCAACUCUUGGCUCAUAAAAAUUUCUUCGAAUGGUCGUUAUCUCGCCGCACCAACAAUGACUGGGCAGGUGUUCAUAUUUAGACUAAAGACUGGAGAUCUCACUGCUGUAUUAAGAGAUCAUGAAGAUUUAGAAGUUAGAGAUGUCAUAUUUCACCCCUGGAAACCUUUGCUAUUUACGAGCGCUGAUGAUGGUUGUAUCAAGGUAUAUACAUACAAGAAUAUGGAACGAGAACAACUCGAAGCAACAAUCGCAGUAGUUUCCGAACUGCCGUAUAAGAAAGAUGAUAAUGCGGAAAACGAAAACGUUUUGCUUUCAUCGGGUUAA